CAAGAUGGACGAGCUGCCGCGGCGCCCGGUGCGGCUGUUCGACUGGGAGAAUGCAGACGCCCAGGUCGUGACGGACCCCGAGAGUGUGGCGCUGGCGACGGCGUUCAAGAAGAAGUCGCUGGACAAGUGGGAGGAGGCCAAGAAGCUGCGCGACGACCCGGUGCUGGACAACCUGGAGGAGGCUUCGCAGGAGGCGAAGCAGAAGCUCAGCACGUCGGGAGGGUCGAGCAACCUCAGCAACUCCAUCGGCCCGGACUCCGAGUCGGAGACAACAUUUCGGCAGCGAUCGCAGCAGUCGUGGCGCAAGCAGCACCAAGAGCUGGUGGAUGAGGCGUCACACAUUGGCGAGAAGAAGGAUGCUGAUUUGGGCGCGACGGGUGGCAGUUUGGGAUCUAGCCUCGCGGAAAAGCUACUGCAGCGAGGCUACGGACUGGGCUCCAGCCAACUCAAAGCAGACGCAAGGCAGUCGAGUGUUGUUGCUACGAACACGACAAAGGACGAGGGGGCGUCGCUAGCUCUGAAAUCUGGACGUGAUUACAGGGAACGGUUGGUGGCGUUCUACACCAAAUACAACCCUUCCAAGCUUGGUGCAGUCGAUCGCACACUGGGGGCUUAUAGCGGUCGUGAAGAAGAGCUAUUUCAGAAGCUCCAUGAACGCUACGUGGUCGAUGCAGGCUUGAGUCUGCAACAGCGAAAGAAGAAGUUUAUCACCAAAGACAGCGAUCCUACUGUUUACAUGGAUAUCUCGAUUGCUGGGGCGCCUGCGGGACGAAUCACCAUGCGUCUACGAAAGGACGACAUUCCGCUCGCUUCUGAGAACUUCCGCGCUCUGUGCACCGGCGAGAAGGGUGGAAUUCUGCACUUCAAAGGCUGCAAGUUCCAUCGCAUUAUCAAAGACUUUGUGGUCCAAGGCGGAGAUUUCACUACAGGUGACGGCACCGGUGGCCAGAGCAUUUAUCGCGGUACCCCACACGGCGAUUUAUGGGGAAACUUCAAGGACGAGAAGUUUAUGCCUCACGACGAUGUGGGGCUACUGUCGAUGGCUAACGCCGGCAAGAAUACCAACGGUUCGCAGUUUUUCAUUACGACGAAAGCAAACCUCAAGAAUCUGGAUGGAAAGCACGUGGUGUUUGGUGAGGUGAUUGAAGGGCUGGACGUCGUGGACGCGAUGCAGAACGUGAAAGUAAGCAAGGGCAACAGUCGCCCUGUGCCCGAAAAUGAAGUUGCAAUCGUGGAUUGUGGAGAGCUGUAGUCAGGAUAUAGUCACCAGCAUGCAUGAAAGUUCUUGUUAGAAAAGUAAAUGUGCAAGAUCUUUUUUCACU